AUGACAAACCCUAAAGUCUUCUUCGACAUGCAGAUCGGCGACACUCCGGCCGGUCGAAUCAUUAUGGAGCUUUACGCCGACACCACUCCCCGUACAGCCGAGAAUUUUCGUGCACUCUGUACAGGAGAGAAAGGUGUAGGUAAUUCCGGUAAGCCAUUGAAUUAUAAGGGAUCUGUUUUCCACCGGGUGAUACCUGGAUUCAUGUGUCAAGGAGGAGAUUUUACUGCUGGUAAUGGUACUGGUGGUGAAUCAAUCUAUGGUUCUAAAUUUGCUGAUGAAAAUUUUGUUAAGAAACACACUGGUCCUGGAGUUCUGUCAAUGGCGAAUGCUGGACCGGGAACAAAUGGAUCUCAGUUCUUUAUUUGUACGGCGAAGACGGAAUGGCUUGAUGGGAAACAUGUUGUGUUUGGGCAAAUUGUGGAGGGGUUGGAUGUUGUUAAGGCGGUGGAGAAGGUUGGUUCGAGCUCUGGGAAAACGUCGAAGGUCGUGACAAUCGCCGAUUGUGGCCAGCUUUGAAUUAUUCUAUUUAUUUU